AUGACGUCGAGAGAUAGUAUCGUAUGGCUCCCAAAAGAGCUGUACAGUUCCGUCGAGAGAUUCGCCGACCCAGAACAUUUCAUCUGGUGCCCCAUGCCCUUCGACGACUCAUUACCACUGGAACAAACGUCGUUUAUCCAUAUGAAGGAGGAAGAAGAAGAUAUCGACAUCCGUGAGCCGGUAGUGGAACCCGUAUCGAAGAACUAUGAUCGUAAUCGAGAUUCCGGCAUCGAUCUAAGCAUGGACUAUGAGGUGUCCCCGCCCCCGAGCGUACAUAUACCAGACGAACCGACAGAUCCAUCAAGCUCAGAAAGCGAAUCCGAUAAAGAUGUUCCUUCAAGGGAGCCCACACAGGAUGCGAACCGAGGGAAGCGAAGGCAACGAAGGCGGCCGCCAAUGAGGCACGAUUCCCCCAAGCCAGAAGAGCCCAAGGGACCAACGGUUAGGGAGAGUCGAAGCUUUGCGGUGCAUUUGGGAUUAAAUCUCAAUGUUGAGGUGUCCCUGAAAGCAAGGGUGUACGGCGGAUUGGAGCUAAGCAUGCUGUAA